AUUCAAAUUUUCAAGCUUUUGUAAACAUUGAGAACCAUAAAAUUGAUUUUUUGAAAACAAAGAACGAUGUAAGAGAGAAGUGCGAGAUUUUUUUGUCAUCAUACAUUUAGUUAACUUAUUAAAGGUUUAAAAUUUUAGAUUACCAACCAUUUGUCAAGAAUGUUCUCAAAGUCUUGCGUUUAUGAUUAAUCUACUUCUUUGGCUGAACCGACUGUAGUACAGAAAUGUAUCCAUCCGGGGAGAAUUACUUUUUGCAGUCACGACAAAAGCUUUAUAGGGGUGAAGAGUUUGAAGAGGAAUUGAAUGAUUUAUUCAACAAAAAGUUUCAAUUUCGUUUCAAUAGCGAGUGGGUAUUGCCUGCUGCUGAUAAUUGGUUUUCCGAAUCGCCUUGGAAGGUUAAAGGACUGGAGUAUUUAAAAAGUCGCCUGAAUUUUCACAAAAGCCAGUUGAAUGAUUUUAGCAUUGAGGAAUGGAGCAGUCAUACUCGUCGAAGAAACCCAGCUGGAGAAGUUUGCUGGAAACUCAGAUGCUUGGUGAAUCCUGAGUUUCUUACCCAAGCUUGGACAAAGUUCUAUGAAUGUGCAUCAACAUACAAUGUUAUCCCCACUGAAGCUGUCAGUGAUAUGAAAAUGGUGUCUUUGCACUUAUGUGAAGCUCCUGGCGCAUUCAUUACUUCUUUAAAUCAUUACCUGAAGCUGCAUCAUCCAAAUAUUGUUUGGAAGUGGGUAGCAAAUACACUGAAUCCAUACUACGAAGGUAACUCACCCUCCAAUAUGAUCAGUGAUGACCGUUUCAUGUUUCACACCUUGGACAACUGGGACUUUGGUGUUGACAACACAGGCAACUUAAUGGACUGGGAUAACUCUCAAGCCAUCAUAGAGAAGGCCAAGUCUUUGGGAAAGGUGUUGCUGGUAACAGCUGAUGGGUCCAUCGAUUGCCUUCAGAAACCAGAUGCUCAAGAAGAAGUGACCUCACCGCUCCACUACUGUGAGAUCGUGACGGCACUGCAAACGCUCAGCCCUGGUAUAGAACCGAUACUAUUAUUCUUCCUUCUCUUCUUUCCAUUCUAUUCAUGACGCAGACUUCAACUAUGGACUGUACGCUGUGGGUUUACAAGACAUCUUCUUACUAUAUGGAAUAUAACUACUAUCAAUCAUGUUUUGAUAUGAAUGAACAAUCACAUAUCAUCAACUGGUCAAAUUUGAUGCAAAUGUUAUACAGGCAGUGAUUACUUAGGUAAGCCUAACUUUCUAGAGCUCAUAGUUAUAGUUGUGACUUGCAACAGGCUAUUUUUCGCAAAGCGCGUAUUUUGAGCCAUACAGGUUCCAAAAAGAAGUUCAGCAAACCCUCGAUGAUGUUACUGACAAUCUCGGCACGUCAUGUGUGUUGCGUCACGUCACUUGCGAAUAUAUGAGCCGAAUGUAGGCACCUGUUGCUUCAUCCCUCGCCUAACUUAGUAGUAGUCGUAAUGGGUGUUUUUUUUUUAAGAGCUUGAGAACUUUAAAUAAUAAUACAAGACAGAAAUAUAGUUGGAAUGAAUUUUUUGUUAUUGUAAUCUGGUAGAUAAUUUCAUGGCAUUUAUUUUUAAAAUAUGAUUUGCGGCAUAUGUCUGCCGCGGCUACGAGCUACAUAGUCCAUUCGAUCUGUCCAAUUUUUCACUACUUUUUCCAAUAAAUGUGUCCGUAUGGCGUCAAGAGUUGCUGGUUUGUCUGCAUAAACCAAUGACUUAACAUAGCCCCUUAAAAAAUAAUCGACAGGCGUUAAGUCCCAUGAAUGAGGGGGCCAGUUAACAGGACCACUUCUGGAAAUAAAGUUGUCAAACCAAAUUGAUGGUUAAGCGCGCUGUAUGGUAAGCUGCGCCGUCUUAUUGAAACCAAAUGUCGUCGAUGUUUAGCUGAUUAUUGGAAACAAAAAAUCUGUCAGCACGGCUCGAUAGCGCUCGCCUUUCACCGUAGCGGCAGCUCCUCGCUCGUUUCGAAAGAAAACGUACCGAUGAUGCCGCCAGCGUGUACCGCACUAAACAGUCAAUUUUAAUGUAUGUAAUGGUGAUUCGUUAAUGGCAUGAGGAUUGUCUUCGCUCUAUAUACGGCAAUUUUAUAUAUUUACGAAGUCAUUUAAGCAGAAAUGAGUUUAAUCACUAAACACAAUUCUUCGAUAAAUAUGCUCAUCUUCGGCCAGUUUCAAAUUAGCCCAAUCAGCAAAAAUGCAACGUAAACGAUGGUCAUUUGACUUUAAUUCUUGCAUGAGCUGUAUUUUAUAGGCACAUAAGCUAUGAUCCGUACGUAAAACUUUCCACUUAGUCGAAGGACAAAGGCCAACAAGUUGAGAGCGGCGAGGAAUCGACAUUUCGGCGUCUUCUUCAACACUUCGCGCUACAGCAGCAAUAUUCUCUUCGGUACGCACUUUUCUUUGUCUUGUUGAGGGCUUUGAAUUGAGAAGAGUAAAAUUAGUGCGAUAACGAUCAAUAAUUGCACGAACUGCUUGCUCACUAGGCCGAUUAUGUUGACCGUAAAAUGGACGAACGAAGGACUAUGAACUACGCGGACAGAUUUUUUUUCAAAGUAAAUUUCUACAAUUUGGAAGUGUUGUUCUGGCGUUCAACGAUUCAUGAUGAAUUGCCAAACCUUACUGAACAGAAAUGUCAACAUAGUUUGACGUUCUCAACUGUCAAACCAUAGACAACAACCAUCGACACUUCUCAUGCAGGUAAAAAAACACCCAUUACUUUUAUGUAAUACUUACAAUGAACAGAUCUGUACUAAGAGAACUAUGAUCACUUGUUUCUUUGUACUGUUGGAAUGUGGGGUUUAUUCAGUUACGUCAGUUUAUUGUAUAACCAAGACCUAAAAUCCACAAAACAAGUUCACUUUCCCCUCCCUUCCCCCACAGAUUACCAAGACUGCCGUAUAAGAUGAUUAAGAAUCAAAAUGCAGAUGUGUUGUCACCCCUGAGGACUUGGAUGGAAUGCCUAGUUUCCAGUUAAAAGGUCCUCCGGUUCUCCUCUACACUCACCAUACGAAACACAUCAGCAUUAAGUUGUAUUCUGUGAGAUUCUUGAGUUUCCGAGCCACCUGUAUCCAUAGUCUUCAUGUAUUUAUUAUAAAGUUGUCAUUCCAUCUCAAACACUUGUAUGUAUAACUACUGGACCAGUAAUUCAAAACAAAAACUGUGACACAUGUGUGAAUCGCGAGGGUGUGUGCGCGGUCGAGUAACUGGCGUGGUAAAUAUGUCACGCGGUUGUAUUUUAAUUUACGACUUACUGUUUUUAGGCAAAUACGAAAUAAAGUUACAUAAUUAUCUAUACACAUAAAUAAAAUUGUAGUAUCUGUUUGUAAUGUCAAAAUCACAACUUUUUACUUAAUGCAUUUGAAAGUAUAUACGCUACAUAUAACAAAAAAAUAUUUUUUAAAUUUUUGUCUGUCUGUAUGUCUGUUGGCUGGACCGGUUUUGAUGAGACUUGGACUGGCAGAUAGCAGAUGCUAUAAGGAGUAACUUUGACUACUUUAAUGUCAGAAAAAUAAUUAGGGUUCCGCGCAAAAAAUUUAAAACCCUAAAUAACACGCGGGCGAAGUCGCGGGGAACAGCUAGUAUGAAAUAAAUUUCAAAUCAUGUUGAACCAAGUGCGGAUAUAAAUAAUGACAGAGUUUUCUUAGUCACAUUAAACAAAAUCAGUGUUAGAUUGUGGAAAACAAUGUUCGCGGUGCCUGCUCGCAGUCGAAUAAACGAGUUAGAAGAAUUUGACCGUAACCUAGUGCACAAUGUAUUGAGGCCGCAGAGCUCGACUAGCGUCUAGUAGUGUUCAUAGAAGUGUUUGCUCCAUCUAUCAGUGUUGCGGGCAUAAGGUUGCCAAUGGAGCCGACUAUUAGACCCAUAUAAGUCUAUUUCGCCAGCCAGUAAAAUUUUACCGCUGGACAAUUCUCUCCUUUUUAAGUAAAGUUCACUAUAAUAGUUAAGCUAAGUAGGCGGAAUAAAGAUUCAAGCACCAGAUGACUUUCACCAGCUCUCUGUCUCCCGUCUAGGUGUUUCAAAUCUAGUGUAAACCAUAUACCGCCAUGUGUCAAAAGCUAUGGUCCUUCCUAUAGUUGUUUCUUACGAGAAGUUGACCUAAAAGAAAACCAGGUCGGAAGCGUUGAAGUAGAAAUCAAAUUGUGGCAUUUGUUUUAUUUUUAAUGUUGUCAGACGCUUGAACAACUUCAUAACAAAUAAUAAGUGUCGCGUCCUUUAAAUGCUGUCUCUCUUUCUGUUUAUCUUUAAUACUAACCUUAAAUAUUAUCUGGAGUUGGUAAAUAUAUUUCUUUUUUCAGGCGGGACUCUCAUAUUUAAGCUGUUUACAGUUUUUGAACAUUCCACUGUGAGUCUUCUGUAUCUUAUCAAUCACCUAUUUAAAGAAGUCAACAUUUAUAAACCGAUCACUUCUCGUCAAGGUAACUCCGAGGUAUACGCAAUCUGUCUACAAUACAAAGGUAUCGAUCUGACACCGUACUUACCAAUACUUCGUUCUGCUUUCGGAACGGAACUCUACACGAAUAAAUCACUAUUCCCACUUGAAAAAAUACCAGAAUCAUUUCUCAAGCAGAUUGAAGAAUGCGCUUACUACUUCUGCUCAAUCCAGUGCCAAGUUAUAAACAACAACCUACAGGCUUAUCUCAUGCAGAAAAAUAUCGCAUUGCAUAGAGAUAUGAAGAAGAUCAGAGCAUUAGUCGCCUCAGAGUUUAUUUGGAAAUAUGACCUUAAACCAAUAGACAGUGCACAGGAGAUUUUAAAGGGAGCUCUCCAUGAAGAGAAUAAAAUUAACACCAACCCACGCUACCACCGAGGCUCCUAUACAGAAAGGCAACUGUACACAAAGAUGUCUUUGAAAGAGAAACUGAAGAACUUAAAUUCCUUUCUGCAAGCUGAAUUGCUUUCCAAUCCAACGAUCCUCAUUAAUGAGUCAGUUAAAUGGAUGUCCAGUGGCGAAUCUGCAAAAAUCAAUCUGGUCUUUACCUAUGGCAGACCAUUGCAAAAGAUCAACAGUUCAAAGUUUAUAUUUGUGCCUAUCUUUAAACUGUACCAACAGAUUCUCGCUGAAGAGGAAUUCAAGGAGAUCAUUCUGUAUAGGCCUCCUAAACCAAAGACAGAUGCUAACCUUGAAACUGAAGCAUAUAAAUUGAUUUCAUUGCCCGAAUUCCAGUACAAGGAUAGUUACAAUGUUCAUGAGAAGAAUUGCUUUAAAACAUUGCUGAAUGGUCUCAGAGAGUUGUCAGAUGGUGAAUCAAUCCUGUUGCAGAAUUUCAACACGUUGACACACUUCAAUGUGAGCGUGUUAUACAUUUUAUCAAAGUCGUGUUUCGAAAAAACCGGCUUUUCAUCUUCUGGAGGCAUUCUUCUGAACAACUUGAUUGACAAACCUUCUCUGAAAUAUUUGGAGAUCAUAGAUGACGAGUGUAAUAAAGUACGACAGAACGAGAAGAAGGAUGUUUUAAAUUCUCUUCCAGUGCAGGUGACAAACGUAGAAGACUUCUUCAGUAAUAUUGUCUUCUACAACAAUACUUUCUACAGAAACAAAUGCAUGGAAUACUUUGAAAAGAUUGAACAAUAUCUAUAAAUGUUAAAUCCUUUCCUAUGUAUAUUCGAUGUGUAGAAAAUAUUUUUUUAAAUUAUUUUAUUCUUGUGAUAAAAACUGUUGUUGAUGUCUACUAUCACAGUAUAAUUAAACUUUCUAA